GCAUAUACGGUCACGUGCUGCCCUCUCGGCGGCACCGUGUCGCCCGUGUGUAUCGGCGCGAUAAACCUAACCUAACCUAACCUUGAUCAAACGCGUGUAUAUACACGAGCUUUUUUUCUGUCGGAUCACGGUUAUGCCGGCUCCGUUUCUAUCCGCGCACACACGUACGUGUCAAAGACGACGGAGAUAGGAUGGACGAGGCAGUCACCACGCCGCCUACAUUUAAGCGGAGUUUCUUCGAGCGGAUCUACUGCGUGGAGUUCUCGCCAUACGAGUGGUCGCAGCAUCUGAUGUGCAUCGCCCUCGCCAAGGAGAUUGUUGUCGCUACUGUCAGAUUUCAGGAUGAAGAUGAUGCUGUGGAGGACAUGGCAUAUAAUCCUAUCAGAACGUUUCACCACGAUGCCAGGCCCCACGCGAUCGCCUGGAGUCCGGAAACCUCCUUGAGCAUUGUCCCUAAGAUCCUCACGUUCUGUGUUGCUGGAUCGGAUUUCAAAAUAAGAUUGUACAAUAGCAAUUUAAACGACAUCAAUGUAUAUGAGAUUUUAGAAGGUCACAAAGAUUAUACGAACGCAAUCUCCUAUGAGCCAGAGGGUGAGCUGUUAGCGUCAGUCUCAGAUGAUCAUAUGUGUAAGCUAUGGGCGGUUAAAGAGAACCAAAAGUGUGUAUCUACAUUUUAUUUGACAUCACCCGGUAUCAGCGUAUGUUGGCACGGCGAAGAGUCUGGAAAGCUUUUGGUAGCAGAAAAGAAUGGUUUGAUACGCAUGUACAACGUCAGAAGCCAACAAGCAAUUAUGUCUCUCGAUUCUGGAGCUGUUCCCUUGACUGCAGCUGAUUGGGGACCCAAUCCUUUGAAAGUCGUAUCGAUGGCAGCUGGAGAAUUGCUGCUUUGGGAUGUAUCAAGGCCAAGUCGUCCGCUUGAUGAGCGGAUACUUCACGUGGAAGGUGGUAUAACAGUAAGAGUCUCACACGCGAAUGAAAAUCUUGUAUCAAGUAUCGGAUGGCCAGAUAACUUGUUGAAAGUUUUCAAUUUAAGAUCGAAAGUAGUGGCAUUGUGUGGAAAGGUGAAGUUAAUCGGCGGUAUGACAUGGCACUAUAAAUUACCCUAUGUUUGUGCUGGAAGUGACAGAGAUUUAUGUUUUUGGAGAGUAAAUAUAAAUUAGACUACAUUAAAACAAUCGAUUUUGUCCAUGGAGAAACUUGCUCUGAUUCCAAAACUUAGGAUGUUAUAUAGUGUUUAAAUAAUAACUUCUUUUAUUAUGUUUUAAUGUUUCUUCACAAGUGGAGAACCAGUUAAUAAUCAACUUGUCAAUAAUACAUUAAAAUAAAAUUUUGAUUCAGAAUAUUUAUC